AGUGCGCGCCAUUGCCGCGUGCCGCCCUGGCCCGAUCCGCGGCGCAGCGCGUGGUGGUUUGGAAGCUUCGGUGCCAAGAUGGCCUGGCUCCAGCCGGACCCAGUCUAGCACCAAAGGUCCUAGACGCCACAAGCGGGCGCGCGGCCGCCGCCAUGGCGUCGUCGCUGUCCAGCGGCGGCGGCGGCGGGCGAAACGGCCUGGUCGUGUUCGUCGAGGGCCAUGCGUUCCACGUCGACCGCCCGUUGCUCACCAAGCACAGUCAGUUCUUCAGGAAGACCCUCGAGAAGCUGGAGAACCGGAACAAGCACAAGCUCAAAUUGUCGGGCGUUUCCGCAGCGACAUUUGCCGUGCUACUCAAGUACAUGAACACGGGUGAAUUGCAAGUAACACCAGAAAAUGUGGACGACGUGUUUAACGCGGCCUUCCGUCUUCACAUGUCUGAUGUUGUCAAGCAUUGCAUUCAGAUGGAGACGGAGACGACGCCGACGGGCCAGCAGAUCCUCAUGUUCUCCGCGGCCCGGCGCCUGAACAUGGCUGAGGAGGAGCUGCGCGCCUACCAGUUCCUCACGGCGCACUUCAUGUCGGUGGUGGCCACCCGCGAGUUCCUCGAACUGGACGCCGAUGACGUCGUCCGGCUGCUGUCCGCCGACACUCUGGGAUGUCACUGCGAAGAAGAAGUGUUUGAGGCGGCGAUGCGCUGGCUCAACCACAUUCCCGAAGAGCGGUUUCCCCACAGCGAGAAGCUCAUGGCCGCAGUGCGCUUCAACCACAUGAACCUGAGCGAGCUACACCGCUGCCUCGAGUAUCCUGGCGUUGCCGAGAUGGAGCCCGUCAAAAAGGCCGUCCUCGACGCCAUCUACUCCUGCGUCGCCAGUGAAAAUGCUUCCAAGGACUUCGACAAGAGGAACGUGCGGCACUACACACCGCUGCAGGAAUGCUCCAACGUCUCCGUGACCGCAGAGAAUGACGACCUACCUUCCAACUCAGCGAUGCCCACUUCUCCGGACCCGACUAGUGGCACGUACACCGCGUCCGACCGGUCUCUUGCCGACAAGCCAGUGUACAGGGCGGGCGGCGCCUUCCUGGUCCCCAAAAACCCGGUCAAGUCCACCCCAAGUGCUAACACGCUGGGCGCCAGUCAAGGGGACGACCGGGACCACAUGUCAGCCAGUUUCGUGGGUCCCAUGUUUCGCGGCAGUAGCUCAAGCUUCCUGUAUGGCCAAAGUGCUGGCGGCUCAGGGCACAACGUAACUAGCGGUCUGGGCGACAGCUCGGGCUCGUUCAUAGAAGAGGAAACUCAGGAGCGCCGGGUCACUGAGUCUCGGACCGAGGAAACCCGCACCGUGCGUAGAAUCCGCAGGACGCGGUCUCGAAACCAGGCCGCAACUGAGCUUCAUCCUCUUGCGAUCGAGGAGACUGUGUGGUACAGGACAGGAAGUGGCCACAAGGUGGCCCGGCCUGGAGGGCUGCCGCCUAUCACUGAUCGCGAGUCGGCCAUCAGUCGGUCCAUGAUCAGUGGACCAGGGAGGACGGUGACCGAGAGCCGACAGUCUGCCGAGGAGCGCACCGAUAUGGACAAUGUCAGCGAGCGCGCUAUGAGUACGAGCUACGCAUCGUCCCAGUACUCGUUCGGUGAGGUGGCGUCCGCCGACAGGAUGAGGCUCAUCGAGGGAACCACGCCCGUAGCCGAAGAUUCCUCGCCUAUCGCGUCGGCGCGACCUUCCACCGUGUCAGUGGGCGAGUUAGGUGCUUUCUCGGACAGAGCCGACUCGGCGGCAAAAGCGGUGAGCAGCACAUCCUCCAUGUACAGCCUACCGGCGGAAGAGCAGGACCUGAACGCGCUUGCUCCGUGGAAGCCGGCAGUCCCCGAUAAGUCGGUGCGCAAGGAAAGCGGCGGAUUCGAAAGCAGAGCCUCUGACAAAAGUGGAUCUGAGAAGUCUUUUCCGGCCGCCUCAGUGGAAAGCAUCGAUAUAUCAGACUACAAGACCAUUUACGGAAAGUCCCAGAGCGAAGAGAAGCAAGUGAAGGACGAGCUGGACACCAUCGACGAGACACCAUCGACGAAACAAAAGACACAGCCAUUCACCAAGUUGAUGCCACUAGAUGAGCUCAUGGAUCUUGAAGAAAUCGCACAGCUUUGCCCUGAACACGCGGCUGCUGAGGUGCAUAGACUAAUGUCUGCUGCUAGCCUCCGCGGCGAGAAACCUGAAGAUAAGCCGCCAGCCAAAACGAAGACAACAGAUCAGAGUGCAACGAAGAAACCGGGCGCAGAGCCUGUCACCGGGACUGACGACAGCACUCAAGCCAAAAUAAAACUGGUGCCCCACACAGACACUCUGAGUAGUGUACAGCCUGAAAGAAGUAGCAAAGACGCUAUAAGUCACCCAACAACAGACGCAGUGUUGAGUAUAGCCGGGCAAAAGGCCUUUAUCGAACCGGGUCAUGUGCAGCCUGAGCAGGCGCCGCCUUUAUCAGUUCUAGAAAUCAAAGAGGUCCAAGAAUUUGCGUCCUUCGAGCAGAGAACACUUAAGCCCAAGAAAGCAAACCUGACCAACGCGGUCGUCAGCGAAGCCUUGACACAACCUACUGAAGGGGCAAGGACAGACGCCGGCGCUAACAAGACUACAGUGCCGGACAAACAGCUACAUACAGCAGAAGGUCCAGAGCGCCCCACAACUUACGUUCCUCGCGAAGGUGAAACGAGCGGCCCCAGCGUACCGGGAGUGGAAAAGCCGCGUGCAGCUGAGGAAACCACGGAUGACGGAUACAAGCUCGCAUUUUAUCCGCCGAAGAGGCAGGAUGUUGAACAGAAAUCUGCAAGUGAUAAUGAUAGCCAAGAAAUCCCGUACCUAGAAGUCGAAUCACCGGCAAGCACAGACAGCGGCAAUGCCGAUAGCUCCAACAUUCCGCUGCAAGACGCAAACAAUGUCGACCAUGAUAACAUUUUGGAGGAAACUGUACCACAUGCAGCUUUGAGCGACCAGUCCGAAGUGUCUGAAGGUAAACCUUCCAAGGCUGCCUCUGAUGAAAAAUUGGGACAGUUGGGAAAUGCAGAGCGCCUGUCGCAAGCUCCGCUGGCUAGCGAGACGAAUUACAAAAGUUCCCUGCUCGAGUACCAUGAAAAAAGCCUGGCGUCGCGUGAAAACGCUGCCAAGUCACCAUCAAAGCGCUCUUCUACCUCAAGUUCAGUGAGUAGCGUACGCGGAGAAAAGUGUGCAUCAGACCACAGUGUGACGGAAAGGGGCACGACUCAUGAUGAGUACGCCGAAAUGAGUAACGCGACCGACAAGAAUGAAAGUUCUGAUCUCGAUAUUGACAACAAACGGCUAAAUGAGACAAGGGCUGACUCUCUGUACGAGGCGAGCGAUAUUGGGCCCCAAGAGACGUCUAGCGAACCCGCGCUUCACCGAGAAGAGACGGCUGAACUGCGAAAGAAGGUGGUCGAUGCUGCUGACAUAGAUCAAGAAAAAAUGCCAUCAACUGCGUCGGCGCUUGUUCCUCGUGGUGAGCUGGCCUCAAACGGUAACCUGGUUGAGAAGAAAUCAAGUACGGAGAUAACUUCUGCUGACCGAAGCAGAAUCUCAUCCUUUGAAGGUGGCUUUCCGGCAGAAGAUAUCUACAGAGGUGUAUUCGUCGGACUCAGCCAGGCCGCAAGUGAAGCGUUUUCUCCGGAGUCCAGCAAGCUCAAUGCGAAAGUGACAACUAGUGAAGCCAGUCCCUCGAAAUCACGCUUGCUCCCUGGAGAGAGAAGUGAACUGCCACACAGCCUUAUAGGUGCUAUCGACAAAGAACGUAAAGAAGUACGUUCACACGAGGCGCUCGUUCCACUUUUUGAACACGCCUCUAAGGGAGACUUGGUCGAGAAGAAAUCAACUGCAGAGGCGACUUCUACUGACCGAAGCAGAAUCCCCUCCUCUGAAGGCGGCUUUCUGGAAGACACGUACGGAGCUGUUCUUGGUGGAUUUAGCGAGGCCGCAAAUGAAGCAUUUUCUCCGGACUACAGCAAGCACGACAUGCGCGCGCUGGCUAAUGAAGCCAGCGCGCACGCACCGCCGCCUUCCUAUGAUGUAGCCGACAUACAUGAAGAGGAAGAAAUUAAAUCAGGCAUUGAGACAAUAAAUAAAAGAGAGCGGAGUCACAGCUGCUGGCACUGUCAAGUAGAAAUGGCGCUAUUGAAGUCCAGAAAAGCGAUGUUGGCUCGAAGCCUGGAGAGCCUUUCAAAAAGUUCGGGGUCGACUGCAGCCGUCACAGAGGUGAAUCUGCAAGGAAUUUCUGGCGUAUCCGACAGAACCAUUGCGCCGGACCGAAUGUUAGCUGUGAGUCCCGAGGCUCAUUUGGCAGAGGCGAUGACCGUUGUGACAGAGGUACCCAGAAAAGCCUCCGAGGGAGCUGCUUCCAAGGUAAAGUCUUCAGACGACUCUGCGGUGCCGGAUAAUAUUUCACGGAAAAGUAGUUCUGAGCAUCAGCAGAUAGAAGACCUGCCUGAGGCGAUCUCUGCUGUUGCAGUAGACCACCUAGAAGUAUAUAGUCCAGUUGAAGAGCCGGCACCGCCAGAGAGUGCAUACAAAGCGGUCGAAGUUUUCACAUACCCUGAGUGGGUCUCCCGUAAACUUGGCGAAGGGAAAAGUAGCUCGGUGUUCAGCUCGGAUGCCGAAAUGCAAUCCGGAUCAUCCACAGUGCCUACAAUCGGUUCUAACGGAUUUUCACCACCUCCAGGAGACGUUCAUUCCGACUCUGGCGAAAGCAUGUCAACUGCUUACGGAAAUACGGUACCUCAAGGUGUUGAUAGUGGAAUGGUCUGUGAAACAACGUACACUGCUGAGGACACCACAGCAACUAGGACUGCAGUACCUUCAGCAAUGUCGACAGCCUCACUGGCGGGUAGUGCAGGCACUUCUGCAUUUUUUCCUUCUGCAACCAUCACCAUUGACAUGUCCAGCGCAGGAAGCGAAUACAAAGCAGGAGUUGAAGUACCUUCAGGCGGGCUCGAAAAGAGCGCUUGUAAGUCUGCAGCGCUGACUUUUUCGAAAACUACCGAAAAUGUCCCGUCUGACUCAUAUUUAGCUCACGGUGGAGCAACAGAGACGCCUUCAAGCCAGAAGCCAAGUAUUCCUGCUGUGGUGACAGUAGCGGAACCAGAGACACUGUCGCGAAAGAUGGCAGAGAGCAGCAAGCCUCAUUACGUUUUACACAAAACGCGAAUUUUUGCGACGACCCCCGCCCAGUCCCUUGAACUCGUCGAGGAAAUUGUUACUCAGAUCGCGUCCUCUGAGCUAACUGAGAAUGCUACUAUCACUAAGGAUCACCCGGUAGAAUCAAGACCACAAGAAUGUGUGACAGCGCAGGCAUCAUCUGAGAGGCCAGUAAACCAGGCGUCAAUGAACCCGUCACUAGCGAAGUGGGAAACAUUGCUCAAGAAGCCAUCAUCAAACUUAGGAGGCGCCGAAGAAGGAAGCAUAAAGGAGUCAUUUGGCUCACAGACUCAACCGCUUAAAGAGCGCACGACAAAAGACAAAAUAAUACGCUCCCAAAGAAGUGCUGCCACAAAGCCGCCUUUAGUACAGCGUACUCGCAUUUGCGCAGAGGGCUUGAGCCAUUCCGUGGAACUAAUAUCUGAGCAGUCUUUAAUGAAAGAUCUCAACAACGAUUCUAAUACUAGCUAUUACCGUGUUCAAACACCGUACCACGAAAGCGCUGGACAUCUAAGCUUUCUUAGCCGGCUCCCAGGGCUCAAAGACGUCUUGGACAUUAGUAGCGUAAGUGAAGAGGAUGAAAAAGCCAUCAGUGCCACUUCUAAGGUAGACGUGCCCAGGAAGAUGGAAAAGAUAGGUAAAAAGAUAUCUGAAGUCAAUUUUAAGAGGGCGCUGCUUCAAGAUGCCUUCGACAUGGAAAAGAAUCCAAAGCGGGUCGACAAAAUCAAGAUGAUGGUUGACGCGCUCAACAAAGCAGAAAGUGCACUGCAGCGGAAUUUAAGCACCUUGGCACACAAAAACGCUUCUUUUGCUGCAUUUGGUAGCAGAUCUGAGGAGGUUUUCAGUGCCACUAACCGAGACGACACAAUAAAGGAGUCAGAGCCAAUCCAGACUAGAUUCCCUUCCGAUGUAUUCCGUGACAAAAUGGACCCACUUCCGACAACAGUGAACACGCUAAAAGCGGGCAACAUAUACGAAGAUACAGUCACGUCCUCACACGAAAUAAUGCGUGUCAAAACCGCUGCUCUAGGUCAGGGUCAGUUUGAGCAGGCCAUAGAGGUCUUUCCUACAAAAGUGUAUGCCGCUACGAAUUACCUCACUGGCCCAGUCGGAGACAGAGCGAAGGCGCCUAUUGGCAGCGGCACAUGCGAAAACCAGAAGCCAGGGGAAGCUAGCAGUGAUUCCGACGCAUCAAGAGCCAUUAAGGACAUUCCAGAAAGGAAGACUGUGUCGGAACCAAGCUUUUCAAACUCCAAACAGCCGAAUAUGGAUGGGGAAACUGAAUCGCUGGGAAGUGCGGCAGGUCACGGACAGCCGAGUCAAAAAGCAGUAACUCCAGCUGCAAUUAAGGAAGAGUCGUCGUUCACUGACAAGGAAGCCUUCAGAAUGCACAACGGCACAGAGACGUCAACAGAGCGAUCGUCUACGCAUAUCAAGGUCACAGACUCUGUUGUUAACUCCGAAGGCCCAAAUGAGCAAAAUCUCGCUACCGGGACCAACACGCGUCCACAGUGCAGUUUGAGUGGUUUCACGAGCGGUGCGGCACCGGUGGCCGUCCAGGUACCUCUUUCAUCUCUGAGCCAGGUCUUAUCUCAACAGCCUCUCAAGGUAGUGAAACGAAAGGUGGUGCUAGAGACGGUCACAAAGACAGUAACGGAAAAGAAGGAAAGUGUGAAGGCCGUUACGAACCAGAGUACGGGCAUCGAGCACAAAGACUCACACCUGGCGUCCACCACCAAGGAAGAAGUGCAGAGCAAAAGAGAAGAGGAGACCAUCGAGUCGUACGACUCAGUCGCAAAUGUGGUAAGGGAAGGCACCGUUUCGAAUCCGAUCAUAGCGUCCAUGGUUGAAGACAAGCAGGCGAGUAUUGUGAGCAGCCCACUAUUAAGGAGUAGUCCGAAAGUGGUAGACUCUCCAAAGGAAAGCGCUGCCUCGCAGUCUGCGCCCGACAUCAAGGGUGUCAAGGAACAGAUUUGUCAAACGCCCGAGAGAGUCAAGCGAGCGAAGCAACCAGUGGCGAUAAGAGUUCACGACGACACCUUGGCCGAGGAUGAAGAGAUCGCAUCGCGCAAGGAAGAACACGGUCACGUGGAUCUCGAACCAAAGUCUAUACUGAAGCCGCUUAAUCGGCCGGCAGCGCACGAAGCGCAGGAUGCACCACCGGAUAAGAAGCACUUGGGCUUCCACGAAGCUGAAAACGCUGAGAGCGCACCACCACCGUCAGUACUGCCAACAGCCAGCACAAAAAAUGAUGAAGACGAUGCAGAGGAACCAGCUCUACCACCACCACGCUUCAAGUUCAAUCGCAAGGAUUCUAUCGCAGUCACAAAGCUUCGUAUGAUGAAGCAAGCAGAAGAAUUCUCGGAGGAAGAGGAUGAGGACAAGAAAGAUUCCGAGAGUUUUUUAGCCAGUAGCGCGGCUGCGGAUGACAGGAGAGGUGAAAAGCAUACCGUGUUCAAGCCACCGGUCGUGAUUGGCAUCGAGGAGCCGCAGCCGGCAAGUACUACAGACACGGCCCAAAUCGACAACGAAGGAGUGAACGCCUCAAUAUCUAAGAGCACCAUCACUACACAGCCAUUGGUCGAGUUAACGGUUGUCAAUGCGAAGGAGGGAGAAAGUAGUGCCAAAAAUAAGACCGAGGAGAACAGCGCUGGAGUGGCUCGAAUGAAGCUCGAUGAUGGAACAGCUACUGGUGGACGAGAAAGAAGCCCCAGUGACACUCGCAGCUCGUCAAAGGAAACGGAAGAUCCAGGGAAAACUUCUGACAAUACUCAGAGUCUCGAAAAAAGAGAGGAGGAAACAGAAAAAAGCUUCAAUGACACCUUUGGCAGCACAGCAGGAGGUAUAAGCACGUGCUCUAUUAAAAGUCAGAAAAAGGCAGUACACGCGAAAGAGAGCUUUACCGAGACCCUAAAACAUCAGAAGGCAGACCAUGCGGAAAUUAACCUCGCAGACAAGCAUACAGAACGCAAAGAAGCCGUCGUUUUUGGAGCCCAGGACGAGGAUCAUAACAAGGGGGUAUCUGAAACCAGUACUGAGCAGUCACGUCCGAUGAAUAUGCUUCCCAUCGUGCUGGACGCAAGUCAAACACAAACCCAAGCAACAGUGGCAGACGAGAAGGCAAUCAUGGAGCCUUGUAUCAACAGAUCCGUGAAAGAGGUGAAGAAUGUUGAGAACUCUGUCGUUACAUCCGAAACGGAAGAAGUAUUCUACUACCCGAAAGAAAAGGUCACCAAGAAGCAUAUAUCGGAAACAAAGGUUCUCACGGAGACGCGGUCUUACACAGAAAUAGUAAUAGAGCCGAACUACAGUGGAUCGUCACUGAUGCCCGCUAUACCUGAAGAAAACGAGCAGCUGCCUAUAGCAGCUGCUUCGUCUGGGGAAAUCUUGGCUGGUGGAAGUAGCAGCUGCAGCCUUUCAACAGAAGCAAAGGAAACUGAAGGAUUUCGGGGAGUGGCUUCGACUUCCAAAGCUUUGUACAGAGAGAAAGAAGCAAAAGACGCCGAAGGUCCGCUUGCGCUUCGGAACCAGCUUGCUCUCGAUGACAGCUGUAGCCGCGUUGCUCGGAAGACUGAUUCGUUCCAAACGCUGACUGACUUCGCCCCUUAUGAACCAGAGCGGCUACUUUCCAUUCAGUCUACGGCCAUCCAGGAAACAACCAAGCCACUUGACCGUGUUGGAGAUCAGACGAUGGUGGAGCUUCCCUCGAGUGAUUUUGACACAUGCAAGGGAAUUUUUGACAUGCCUCAUCACGAGCAUCGAGAGCUGCGUUCUGUUAGCCGCAGUGGCACCAAAGACGACGAUGCAUUGUCCGGCCCCACAGAAUUGCUUUCAACUGCAAUGGACGACAUGGCCAUUAGCGCACUGGAAACGACGAGGGACAUAGAUAGCUCUAUUAGGCGCCAACCAGACGUCAGAUGCAUUCAGACCCGUCAGCAGCCCAAGGAGAUAACUGCGACAUCGUCGUCCGAAUUAACUAGCCGAACCAAAGAUGUAGCGGUUGAAGAAACAUCUGCGCCAUACGGCACAGAAUCAGAAAAACCAUGGCGCACUUACGAUUCUGAGAAAAGCGGAGGGUAUAUUGAACAAGAUGCUUUCAAAAAUUACGGGCGACUAGCUCCUCCAGAAGUCAUUGCAAAUACUGUGUUGGACACACACACAAAAGAGGUGACACCUGAACAGGUUGGACGCGCAUCUCUUGAUAACGAAGUCUCACAGGAACUUAUUCCUCGAGAGGAAACCACGCACGCUGUUUCUAAAUACCCAGAAGAAAAACGCCCUGCCACAGAACCAACAUCCCAGCCGUUGUCAACGACGCCCAUUUCCACAACCUCGGAAGCACCAACAGCAUCUGCGUCUUCAAAGCUAGUCCUCUGCGAAUCGGAGCCUCUAAAAACAUCAGCAAAAAUAGCCGAAUCUGUUUCGGAACAAGUUAAAGAGGAGAAAGUUGUAGCUCAUAGGAAAAUAUCAUUGCCGGUGGACUCACUAAGUCGCCACUCAGACGCCAUAGUGCCGGAAUUUGGGGCACUGACAGCAGACGUCCGCAGUGUGCGUGCAACGGUGCGAGAAGGCACGAUCAAAGCUGCAGAAUCUUCGCCCGUCACGUAUGAUGAUUCCUCAGCAAAUGCUUUCGCAAGUGGCAUUUCUGGCACCUCAGUGACCACUUACGAAUCUGCUGCAGACUUACUCGGAGAAAGGCAUGGUUCUCUCACUAUGGAAGUGAUAUACGACGCAGACAAAAACCCAACCAUUACUCAGGAUGCGUUUCCCAUGUCACCACAACGAAGUGAGCAAUCUCACCGGACUGUUCAACUCCCUCAGUUCAAAGCAACAAGUGUCGGAGCAGAAGAUCAAAUAGAGAAGCUUUCGCCACCCGAGAUAACGCCGAAAUCUGAACAAAGUCAAGGUGAGAUACAGUCUGUGAUCCCCGUGCACUUCGUAGGUGGACUUCACAUACCCUAUGAAGUACCAGCCCAUGCAACAGGCUAUACGUCCGAUAGAGUCCCCGCUACCUUUUCUGUAAAUGCUGAAGAGAAAGAUUCGUCUGAAAAAUACUUCAGUAGCGGGUCUCGCGAAUCGACAGCUGUCAUCCCUACACAAGAAAAAGAACUCAUAAUUAAGAAUUAUGAAAUUUCAGAAAACUCGAAAGAACGCGAUGACGCGGAAACAAGAUUGUCUGAAAGGACUGCGUCUGUAUACACUCAGCACGAAGUGUUUAAAAACGCUACAGAUAGCAGUGCUUCACAAAGUGCACUUGGUACACUUGCGCCCUUCACUGAGCAAAAGGCGUUGCUGUUGGCAGAUUCUGACUCUGUUGCAUUAAAAGGAAUGGUUUUGGAGUCAUUAGAACAAAUGCCAGAAUUGCUAACACCGGAGCAAAGACUCAGAGAUAGCGUCUUGAAAAAGGGCGCAGUUACCACUUCUGCAAUCACAGAAGCACAAGAGGUUUCUUGCCUGGCAUAUGUAGAUGUUGUGCCAGCGGAAAACGCUGUCAACGGCGAGACUACAGUUCCCACUUCCAUAAUUUCAGCAGCAGCGACCGACUCGCAAGGCGCGCUGAUGCAAAUAAGUGCUAGAGGUUCCUUUAACAAAAGCGACGCUUCGCCUGUAUUGACAUCGACUGUGGAUGAGUCAUUGAACAAGGAGAUUGCAACCAAGUUAAGCUCUCUAAUUGAAACUGUGGAGCAUACUUCAGCUUCGCAGAUAACUGUUCCCGCAUCGUGUACAAUAGUUUCAAAACAACAAGCACCAAGCACUGAAGAAAGAAAAAUAGAAAUAACACAUGAGUCAGCAAUCAUUGCUAAGCCGGACCAUAUUGUCGAGAGACCGUUGGUUCAUGACAAUAAUCUAAAAGACACGGGGGAGUUUGUGGUUUCUACCGGGUCUUUAGUAAACCCAACGAUAGUAUCCACCACGACAGUUUCCAAGCCGACAGCUAGUGUUUUUGAAGGAAACAGAGAAACAAGUACUGCACCGUCAACAUACAUGUCUCAGCGAUCAACUGCCGAUCGUUCAAAAAGUAGUCAUGAUUGGAACUCCGUAUCGGUGUCUGAGACUGCUGCCAAUUUCACGGAAACUGAUACAAGCCUUGUCAGUUACAAAACUCCGCUAGCCAUAAGCGAAGCCGCUCCAACGCUUUCAGGCGAAGGCCGCUCACUACCCGAUAAACUUAACGGUAAAGAAAGGCAAGUGGUAACACAAGUGCCCUGCAUGACCUCUGAAGCUACAUCUCCCACUGGUGAAACGCUCGGAAGUUCUACAGAGGCCAACCUGCCGUGUGUGAAAAGAGAGAGGACCAUAGACUCGGCAAGCAUACCAGACGUUAAUGCGUCGUCGUUCAUGUCACAAAUACCAACCACGCCACAAUCCACAGACACAACUUGCGAGAGCAAAGCACUAGUGUCCAUAAUCGAACAUUCUUUGUCCGAUGGCGUAAGGUCUCUCCAACUAACACUAAAGACCAGCAAUCAAGGGUUUCAACAGCAGGCAGCCGAGGGACGAAUAGUAGCUGUUCUCAAGAGCACGGAACCGACUAAUGUCAACGGAGAAAGUACAGGUGCUCUUGAAAAUAUAUCAACGUCUCUGGUAACAAGUCAGCUGAAUGAAACCUCCCCCGCAACCCGCAUAGAAAAUAAUGAAAAGCCGCUGAUAAGUUUCGCAGAAAACAUCGAGACAAUGACUUCGAGUCUAUCCACUAUGCGUAAACGGCGGUCAGAAUCGGAUCAGAAUCCCAGCGUCGCUAAUGAAAACGAGCCAGUCGGACUCGUAGCAUUGAAAAGGACUGACAGAGUCGCAGCGACAACUGGAAAGUUGACUUCCGGAAAGAGCAGCACUGCGAGUUCAGUAGUAGAAGAAGUAUUGGAUAUAAGCAUUGUACGAAGGCCCAGUGAAUCUAUAAUAGAAUUCCGUGACACAAGAACAGUAGCGACAAGUGGUCGGCCGAGUAUUGAAACCAUGGCAUCCAUUUCUGUAAAGACAGCAGCGGCUGCUGAAGUACCCAAAGCCAGUGGUGAAAUUGUUCGCGCAGAGGAUCAUAUUGCAGAUUCAGUGGUGGACGUACGAAGUUCCGGUAUCGUACGCAGAGCUAGUGCGCUCGCAGCUGGUAACACGGGAGCAAUAUGUACAAGGUUGCAGGCACAUUUCACUGCCCCUGAAUAUGGUGGUCAUGAAAGCCGCGAGACUGAGAUCACGUCGAGCAUGAUUGUGGAUUACCGCGAAAAGGCUGGCAACGAUACGAGUGAUAUCGCGAUCACCAUCUCGCAGUCUCGGCCAGGUACGGCAGUGUCGAGAUCAAGCGGUGAAAUAAGGUUUUCGGGCGAGAGUAAAACAGAAGCAACCCUGGAAUUUCAAGAAACAAGCAUCACGCGAAAAUCAUCUGAUGUUGGUACCAGCGUAGCUCACAAGUCGCAUUCAAUUUUGCAAUCUUCGGCAUCUGUUGUAUCUCUACGUCCCUUAAGUGAAUGUGUCAGAACAGAAAAUAAGUCAACUACGCUUGUCGCAAUGCCGGAAAUGAGCGUUGUGAGGCAGCCAAGCUUUCCGGCAAGCAUCGUGCAAUACACGGCAUCAGGAAGCUUGGCGCCAACAGAGGAUGUUUCGCACGUUGUGGACGCCAUCGAAGAAAUCAGCACACUGAGACCACCUAGCAAUCGUUAUAGCGCAUCAGUACCACCUGUUAUCGAAGCGGCAACAGAAACCAACGUUUUGUGCAUAUUGGAAACAAAGCCUGUACUUACAGGAGUCCCUUCAUCCCAAAUACCAAUCGUGAAGAGAAAAGAGUCUGAACAGAGGGCACUUGUUCCACUGAGCAUUUUAUCUAAUCAUUUGGUCGAACGAAGAAGAGAAACUGUACUAAACGAUCCUGUACAGAUAUUGGAACGUACUACUAUAGCCGGAACAGAAGCUCAAGGUGCGGUCGAAGCACUGAACAGAAAUAUUGAUAGAACUGGCUCAGAGGCUUCGUUGUCGCUUGGGGCAGCUCCUGCAUCACAUUCCCUUGUACACAAAGUGUCUGAAACUGAGACCGCGGCUUCCGACGGCUUGGUGUAUGGUGAUGCAAAAGAGCGCUCUAUUCAUGACAUAUCACAAGAAUUGGCUGUUGACGUAGUAAAGAAGAAGCUAAGGUCCGUAGUCGAUGUCUCGGCUACACAGGACAAACUAUUAUCCGAGCAUAAUUUAAAAUCUCAUGAGCAGCCCUUUUUGGAAAGAAACGUCCAUCCACAACAGGAAUAUGUUGUGGCAGAAGCUCAAGUUUACGAACUUGAACGUGCAGCCCACACAGUAUCGAAAACCAGUUGUGAAUUGAGCCACGCUAAUGACAGCACAUCAACGACAACCGGGAAGUUAAUAGAAAAUACUGGUGCACAUAUAGCCAGUGACGCUGUCGGCGCCGCAACUGACAACCAAUCCAGCACUACUUUUCAAGGAGUCAUGCUACCAAGCUCAGGGGACGCAACAAACCUUGCAGCUGAAAAAAGAUUAAUCGCUUCGAUAGAGACUCCAGCAGCUGCGCUUAUGGCUAAUGCUCAGGCAAGCUCCAAAGCUGACGCUGUGGCAACCGGCAGCAAACCUGAGAGCAAAGUGGCACCAGCAAGUGAACGGAGCGUUGUAACCAAAUCGGCGUCAAAAGCCCUAUCGAUUGGUCGUUCCCUCGCUGACGUAUCACCUGCAUUAGAACAACAGAAAGUCAUUGCUGAUCUUUCAUUGCCCGCACUACAGCUAGACGUCAACAUUGCGAGGCAAACAACUGCAGCCCAUGAAGAGGUAUCUACGGCGUUUGCACUUCAGCAGACAAUCUCUUUCAAAGCUGAAACUAUAGCUGACACAACCGAGACGCCAAGCAUACGUAGAACUGACGACAUGGCUACAGCACAUUCGUCUUCGCUUGUCACCGCCAAUGCCUCCGCAUCUGUGGAUGCUACAGGAGACUUGGUUGAACUUAUCAGCCCUGAAGUCACCGAAGCUUUCGAACAGCUGCAGUAUGCUUUCGGUGUGCAUCUCGAAUACACCAGUUAUCAGUCGCCGUCAGCUGAGGUACACCCAUUGCAAGUUCCACCAGAAGUUCCGCUCUCCCUUGAAGUUCUUGGUAGGCCACUCCCCGCAGAUCCCAUUGAUAUAAGGCGCCAGGAACCCGCACAAAUUAGUACUUCGCCUUCGCCAUAUUCCGCAGUAGGCUAUGCCUCCCCUGACGUUCCAUCCGGAGAGAUCAUUGAAAGAAAGGUCUCGGUUGAUGCUGAAUCUAUACAAACAGGCAGACCUAAAACAAUGAAAGACCUAACGGCGUUGUUCGAAGCACCCAGGUCUAUAGAGCAACCCUCUUCUAGAAUGUCUACUGGGGACGAAUCUGAGCGACGAAGAAUUAAUUAUAAGCCGCUCAAUAGGUUCCAAGAGGAAAGAACGGGAAUGUUUGCGACUUGCAGGCAGGACACUACUUCAAUCAUGCUGUCACCAGGUACCUUCGGACCCCUGGUGCCAGGUCCUCAGAAGCAAGAGACACGCUCUGUUCCAGAAAGCACCUUCCCUUCUGCCUGUUCUGCGGAUGUGCAGAGUGCCGAUGGUAAACAUGGAGACGCGACCCACCUGGUUAGGGAUCGAACCGAUGCACUUUUGUCCAGUCCUUUUGCAUCGCCCACAGGCACGAUGACAGGUGGUUCAUCAAUAUUCGCGGCCAGCGAGAAGCUAGCGAGCAUGUCAGAGACAGAGACUUUCAGGUCAUUUAACACAGACCGAGACAAAAACAAAGUUGUCGCUGCUUUUCAGGGGACAGAACCAUCGGCCCCGGAAGUGAGAACGCCGGUACAGUUGCGCAAUGAAAGGGAUCCUCGUGGCUUUAUAGAGUGGAUGCCAGUGGCGAAAGAGCAAAUAAUGACCAUCACGGAUGACCAAGAUGUAGCGAGAACAGCUUCUCAGAUGUACAGUGCUGCUCAGCAACAGCUUCUCACAAAGGGUACUUCUCAGGAACCAUCUUCAAAUGCUGCGGAUCUUACUAGCGAGCCAUCUACCAGCAAGGACUCCACGGAAUGGUCACCGUCUUCGCUCAAACGCAAAAGCGCGAGUUACAAUGCUCCUGACAUUGAAGAAAAUGUCCUUCACCAUUCCUUACACAUCCCUCAUAGCACUUACUUACGGCGAGAAAGCGCAAUGUCCGCAGCAUCUGAAUCGGCGGACAAUGAACCACAAAUAGCCGAUGUCCGUGGUUUCAUUCAGUUAGAUACGAUGUCCGCAGAUGAAACUUUCGCUGCCCACAGCGAAAGGAGAAAAUCCUCCCUAUCGCCCAUUGCAGAUAUUCGUGGCUUUGUUCCAGUCGAAAAGGUCUCUGCAGACUAUACCACGAGUGAAAGCGAGAAAAUAAAAAUGUCGUUAGCACCAAAGGCUUCCGAAGACACAGUCGGUGAAAAAUCGUCGGAGACAACUGUAGAGCCGGCAGUAGGUGAUAUUUGCUGUUCUUUACCAGUCGCUGACGUAGAUUCUGCUGCUGAGACGCCGUCAUCCACAAAACCUCAGAAAAAAGGGACCUCAGAGGAAACACUAAAGGAAUGUGAUGACGAGCUGCCAGAGCUACCGAUUAUCGGCGCACAUGCAGCCUACGAUUUAGGUAGCCGCCCACCUCCGACGACCCGACGCGAAACGUAUUCAGCUCUGGACUCGAGCGAACCAGAGAGAAAAGUGUCUACUUCAGUAGUGCUGAAAGCAGCCCGCGAGAAGGUUGAAGCACUCUCCCAGUUCAGAAACGAGGAUUCAGACAAGGUAGAGCAACAUGCAUUGCCGGCCGAUGUCCCGAUCAGCGUCCGUGCUUUGAUUCGGCAGAUGAAUUCACAAAAUCAGCCGCGCAUAAUUACUCCUGCUCCUAAGGAUUUGUUGAUUGCUCGUCAAAGGGAGGAAGUUUCGCAGUUAGUGGCUCCCGAAUCUAGCCAAGAGACACUUACGUACGUCGAAGCGCCGCCGGUGCCACCAGAUGCGCAAGCUGAAGCAUUGCCAGCGGAGACGCCAGUAGAGACCACAACCAUACCUGUUCCACCCCCAGAACCUAAUUUUCAGACCUACGCAGUACCUCGAUUUAAGCCGCUCGUAAAAGUGCCACAAGCUGACGUUGCUGAUUUGGAAGGCUUGAAGAGUUCUGAGGACGCAAAGCCAGACGCAGGGCCUGCCAUAUCUAGUAAAAGAAUGGAACAUUUUCCAAUGGUCGACGAGAAGUGGAAACUGAUCGGCCUUCUCGCGUCUGAGGAGGCGAAAAAGAACGCGGGCAUGCGCAGGGCUUCAGAUGGCGCCAGCAGCAUUACCCCCUCCGAGACAGCUCAUGCGAAGGACUCCGAAGGAAUGCGCUCUCUAUGGAAGCUCAAGCCUGCCCCCAAGAAGGGUUCAGAAGACGAGUAUUUUGAGAGUCUCAAGACAAACAAAAAGGAGGCCAUUCCAUGGAGCACAAAGCCUUCCGAGAACAAAGCAAAGCAAAAGAAAGCACGAACAGCGGACCAAGCGUUGGCUCCGCCGGAACACCUCCCCAAGCCAGAAGACCACAAACAAGAAGAAAUAGCAUUGAAACCUGCGGCUAGCGAACAGCAAGCACACUAUCAGGUGAUGGAAGAGCCGAAACCGUCCGAUAAAAUACAGCUUGCGGCACUAGAAGCAAUGCCGAGAGAAUCUUUACUAAAAGGAGCUGCGCUUCAAGCGCCGUUGCUGCAGGACGCAAGAAUACCCGGUUCAUCAUUACAACAGCAUACAAUGUCGCUUCACACAGAAGUUCGGCACUCAAUGUUGAAAAAGCCUUUGAUGCGAUCAUUGCUCCAGGAAUCAGUUGCAACACCACCUAAAGAACCCUUGAUUGCACCGCAACCCUUGCACAAAGAGGAUGUUCCGACCAGGAAGGGCCUCGAAGCGUCCGUGUCCGAUGUGAAACCUCCUACAGAAGUAACUAAUGUUAUGCGACCAAGGAAUGCUACAAUCGACAGCUCAGUUAGCGCUAAGGAAUUUGCAGAUGAAGACAGUCUUGAAUGUUCUGUGAAAUCUGUAAAGAGAUUGAUAAAAGCUAAAGACCGUCAGCUUAUGAUAAUGAGGUCCAGCCAGGGACAAAGUGUAGGCCCCGACGACAGCUUCAAGGUUGUUUUAAAUAUUGAUACUCCGAAGUCGGAACGCAUUGUUUUCAAACAUGAAAUACCGCACAAUUUCGGAAGUACUUCGACGCAGUCAGGUGCUCACAAGGUAGACUACUUUUGGGAAGCAACACCAAAACCCACCCCAGGUCCUUUUGUAGAUUCUGACGAUUACGAUCUCACAAAAGAAGGAAGCGGUAAGCUUUCCAUAGAACCCAGCAAUGCCGAGACUGUGGUUGCUCGUUGGAGCUACUCGCGAAACCUGUCAAAAUCAAGAAGUGCCGGCGAAGUGGACAAAUCGAAUACGUCACUAUUUUAUUUCGUAGCACCGAAACAGCAAAAACCCAAGACUGCAGCAUCUGCAGAGGCUAACCAACAAAUUCACUUUUCUCAUUACGAACAUCUGCCGUGCGCUUCAUUCAAAGACAAGGCGAUGAAUACAGAAAGUCAGUCGUAUAGCGUGGUUUCAAAGGUAAAUACCGCUGUAAGGACAAUUCCUGGAAGCGGAGUGGGGUGGUCUAAUGAAGACGGCACACCACAAGGACAAGACCAGCCUGGUGGUCAAGAACAUGGUAAUGUCGGUAACGACAACGCGGACGCCAGUGCGGACUGCAACGCGGACGGCGAAAUGGUCACAAAAGAAGAGUUGGAGCGCUAUAUGAAGAUAGCAAAAGACCUCAAGCUCAGACGUGGUUCACUAAUGCCACCCUCGGGGACACUGCAGUCGUCGGAACCAGUAGGCGUGGGAACAAAGAAAAAGCCCAGUCUCGUGAUGGAAACAAGGAUAGAGCUGUACGGCAAAGGCCACGUCACCUUCUCUUUCGACGCGGUGGCAGAAGAGGGAACUGUCACGGGUAGCAUGUACCCGGAUGACUCGCAAGGCAGUCUCGUCCGGCGCGGUGCACCCUCGAUGACUCACACGCCGAAAAGGAUGAGCAUCGACGUGCGUGCGCCACCGGCCACACCAGCACCUUCGAUGGAAGCCAUCUCGAAGCGCUCUAAGUCAGUCGAUUUCGGCUACAACAACGACGACGAGAGCAUGCAGUACGAGCCUCAGGAGCCGCCGAACGCCGUCAGCCAGGCCGCCAGGAGGCGACACUCUGAGCACAUCAAGGCUCAACCUGGAGAAGAGCUCAAAAAGCGGAGGCACUCGGAACCUGGUACUUUAUCCAUGUCGAAAGAUACGGGGGAGGACACGUCUAAGGCCUUGUCUGCCACCGACUACCAGUCAGAGCCCACUGUGGUUGCUGAGGACUACCAGGCGCCUCAUGCACCAUGCGCACCAUGCGCGCCCUGCGAAGUACUGCAAGAAGCAGAAGAUAUGGCCACCGCGGCAGUAGCACUGGCGGCUUUCGAAUCUCAGAUGCGCAAGGCACCGCUUGCCAGCGAAGAAACCAUUUCGGUGCCCUCUCUUCUCGCCGAAGCGCCUGCGAAAACUGCAUCUGAAAUGAGUGCAGCGCCAAAAGAGCCAGCGCCGACUGCCAGUGAAGAAACCAUUUCAGCGCUGUCUCUUCCCACCGAAGCACCCGCGAAACCUGAACUGACUGAAGCGCCAAAACAGCCAGUGCCUCUUGAAGAAACCGUUUCCGUGCAGUCUUUUCCCACUGAACCACCCGCCAAAACUGCGGCUAUGCCGGAAGCAGUGUCAAGGCAGCAGCCUCUUGAGCUGGUGGAAAAAGCAGAAGAGAGGCCCGGCUCAGCGCUUUCCAUGAGAACUACGUCACCAGGAGUGGUGAGCGACGAAGAUCUGUCCGGCUACGCAACCUGCGAAUCGCGCAUGGGCGCAAAGUCUUCCGAGGCUCAGAGCACUGAAGACGUGCUGACGCAAGAGCACAAGAUUGCAGAGUUUCCUGUGAAAGUUCAGAUGGCGCCACCACAGCCUUUAGCGACAGGGUUCCCCGAGGAAGCUGAGCAAAAAUACGAAGUGGAACCGGCACCUGCUGUAGAGGCUCCGAUUCCAGUUGCGUUGGACACUCCAGUGGGACGUGAAGAAACUAAACAGGAGGUGGCCGAACCACCAGCUAUGGAAGAAAUUAAGCAGGUGUCAGAAGUUCCUGUCUUCGAGGAGCCGAAAGAAGCGGAGCAGGAGGUAACUUUAGCCCUGGCUGCAGAAAAACAGGAAUCUGAUGUACCAGAAAGGUUACCUAUUGAAGUAAAACCACCAGUAGAAGCAGCACCGAUGACUGAAGCAGCGCAGAUAUUAGAAGCUCCUACUGUAGAGACCUUUCAACAUAAAACAACAGAUUCGGCUAUUCUAGAAGCUAAACCAGCCAGUCAAAUAACCGCAGAAGAGGAGACAAAACAGGUACUUGAAGUUCCCCCAAAGGAGGAGCCAUUCACAGAGCGAGAAAGAGAUGAAAUGUCAAAAGAGACAGCGGAAUCAAAGGUGAAUUUAGAAAUACCGGAAUUAGAAUUUCAACCAACAUCAGAAGCAUCGACUGCAGAAGAAAAACCAUUGUCGCACGCACUGGUAAUGGAAGAAACGGCAGCAAUUCCUGAACUGCUAACUGCAGAAGGAGCAAGACAGGCAUCGGAAGCAGCAGCAGAAGGCGAACAGAAAAUAGUAGGGCCAUCGACAGAGGAAGAAAAGAAAACGUUAUCAGAGAUAGUGGCUCCGGAGGGAACAAAAGCGUUGUUGCAAGCAUCACUCUCUGAAGGACUCAAUAUGGUAUCAGAGGUUCCUUUUGCACCAGUCACGGAAAAAGUUACGCCUGAGAUAGAGCCACCUGCUGCAGCUGCAGAGGAACAGAUGUCAGAUUCACAGAGUAGCGUUAUCAUGGAGUGGAAAGAGAAGCAGGUUGAAGCUCAUCACUCUGAACAGCCCCAAGCAAUGCCAAAGGCGACUACAGCAGAAGAACGAAAACUCGGGGAGACCCCGGCCGUGGAAACUGCCGCGGAGGAAACGCACGUAAUAACGGAGGCACCAGGCAUGGAACAGCCGGUACACAUAUUACAAGAGUCGAAACCUGCUCUGGAAAAAACAGAAGAGAUAGCAGAGCCACCAGUAGCUGCAGAAUUGAUGCCUAUAUCAGAAGCAGCGGCACAGGCUGUGCAAGAGACAAAAGAAAUAACAGAGGAACCAGUCUCUGGAGAAUCGAUGCCUACAUCUGAAGUGCUCCAACUGGUUGCGGAAGAAACGAGAGAGUUAGACACAAGACCGGUCACGAGAGACUUGGAACCAGUGUUAGAAGCAGCGGUGCCUGCCGCGGAAGAAACAAAGAAGACAACAGAGGAAGCAGUCACGGGUCAAUCGAAGCCCACAUCUGAAACGCUGAAACCGGCUGCAGAAGAAACAAAGGAGUUCGAGGCAGCACUGGUUGGAAAUGACUUUGCACCUGUGUCAGAAGGAGCCGUACCAGCUGUGGAACAAACCAAAGAGAUAACGGAGGUAAUGGAAGAAGAAUCGAAAUUCACAUUAGAAGCGCCCACACAGGCUGCGGAAGAAGCAAAAGAGUUAGAAGCAGCGCAGGUCAUUAAAAGCUUGGAACCAGGGCUACAAGCAGCGGUGCCGGCUGUGCAAGAAACAAAAGAAAUAACAGAGGCACCAGUUGCGGGAGAAUUAAUGCCCACAUCAGAAGCACUCGUGCCAGCUCUCGAAGAAACGAAAACGACAGCAGAGGCACCUGCUCCAGAUGAGCUGCAACGUGUGUCUAGCUUACCGGGUGCGCAAUUGCAAGAUGUAACACCACCAGCUAUAUUAGAGCCAUCAGCCACAGAAGAAACGAAAGCAAAAGUUGCCGUAACAUCUCAACUAGAGGGGGAAGGUGUACCAGAAGUACCAGUCAUGGGUGAAGCCACGCGCGAACUAACAGAAGCAGCUGCUGCAGAGAUUAAGCCUUUGUUGGAGGCACCGACUGCGGAGCUUCAGCAUGCCGAAGAAUCAGUGUCAGAAAAGCCAGUCGUAGAAGAAACACGACUGCUGACAGAGGUGCCAAAGCUAGAAGCAACACAGGUACCAGAGCAACCAAUCGCAGAGCCAGAACAGCGAGAAACUGCUAGAAAACCGGCGACGGAAGUGGCCAGAGAUGAGCCUGGAGUAGUAGUCGAGCUAAUGGAGACACAAGUUGGCAUACCUGAUACUACUACACUACAGCAGUCACCGCCAAAUGAUAUUGUUGACCAUAAACCGUGGUCCGAAGAAGUGGAAAUACUAGAAGAGCAGAUACCUGGUAUGGAUGCUGUCGAGCCUACUAAGAGUAUGCAAGAUAUCAGGGCAAGUCAUAAAGCAGACUCUUGCACUGAACCAGAAGAACAAGAACCAAGACGACGUUCAUAUACAUACCUUGGCAGGUUCCCUCCAGCAACUUGUGUCAUUGAAGACAUUCGCGAGAAAGUACAAAAAGGUGGAGAGCAGGAAGAGCCUCGUCCAAUAGUAGACACCACGGUGGCCACCGCAGUAGAAUUGGGGCAUCCCAACGAAGUUAGCCCGCUUACUACCGCAAGGGCACUACAGGAAUCCAAACCUGAAGUUGCUGCCGUAGAGAAGCAACUAGAGCAAGCUGCUCCAAAAGACAUGCUUGAGAAGACAGAGGAGGUGCUGAAAAAGCCGUCGGUGUAUGCAUCGUUGCCGAAUUACGCGAAACUUACAUCAUCAGACAUAACGGAAGCUGUAGCACACGAAACCACGAAGUCAGAGGAAAAACUGGAAGCUACCGCGCCCUCAACGGCAUCCUUACCGAUUCUGGAGACAAGACUGUUGCCUGACAUUUCACGAGAUACUUUUGUAAUGCCAGUAGUUUCACAGCCAACCACUGAACGCCACGUAAGCGAAACAGUACCAAAAGAUGAUGAGCUUACAUCUACUAUCGAAACAACUAAAGCUGAUAUUGAAGCACCAUCAGGAAGAGCGGGAAUUAUCACAGCAGUAGAAAAGCUAGAAGGGGUGGCUUCAAAAAAUGCAUUGGUAGAAGCUUCAACACCUCCCUCACCAGUUGUGGAUACAAGACUUGUCCCUAAAGAUUCGCAAGAAGAUUUUGCAAUGGCACAACGAUUACAGCAAUACAUAAGAUUCCCAGUAAGCGAAAGGGCAUUGGAAGACGAAGAAAAGGUUGAUGAGGUUGUUCCCGAAAUUGAAACAACAACAGCUCAAGUGGAAGAGCUAUCAGAAAAAGCAGUAACUACAAAACAAGAAGAAAAUCUCGCAGAGACAGCAGCGACAGAGGCAACUGAAGAGCCAGAAGUUCAUACUGUAAUUCCUGUGGAAACAAAGCCAACAGAGGAAGUAGAGGUUGGGGCUGUUUCACCUUUGAUUCAACCUGCGCCUAAAGAACCAUCAAUAGAGCCUGGAGAACCAGCGGCGAAGGUAGAGACGCUGGUUCAAGAAGCAAUACCCGUACGAGAAGAAAAGCUCGCAGAGACAGCUCCGACAAAAGCAACUGAAGAGCCAGAAGUUCAUACUGUAAUUCCUGUGGAAACAAAGCCAACAGAGGAAGUAGAGGUUGGGGCUGUUUCACCUUUGAUUCAACCUGCGCCUAAAGAACCAUCAAUAGAGCCUGAAGAACCAGCGGCGAAGGUAGAGACGCUGGUUCAAGAAGCAAUACCCGUACGAGAAGAAAAGCUCACAGAGACAGCUCCGACAAAAGCAACGGAAGAGCCGGAAGUUCAUGCUCAUAUUCCUGUGGAACCUACAGCAGAAAAAGAGACUGGGCCUGUUUCAUCUUUGCUUGAAUCGGCAGCUAAAGAACCUUCAAUAGAAGCGGAAGAAGAAUCAGCGGUGAAGGCAGAGAAACUGGCUGAGGAAGCAAUACCUGUACAAGAAGAAAAACUCGCAGAGACAGCAACGACAAUGGCAACGGGAGAGCCAGAAGUUCAUGUUCCGGAGUCUGUGCAAAUAAAAGAUUCAGCAGAGAAAGAGACAGAGGCUGUUGCGCCAGUUCCGGAACUGGAGUCUAAAGAAACAACAAAGCAAGCCGAAAGACAGGUUCCAAGUAAAGAAAAAACAACCGACGAAAAGGAACAACUACCACAAACACUCGAGGUAGUUCCAGAAGUGCCCAAGGAAGAGGUCGUCGCUACAUCUGUGCCAUCUGAGCCAGUUGCGGGCGAAGAAGAGUCAUCGGCUCCACCACCCCCGCAGGAGCCCGUAGCUUCUGUAACUGGGGAAGGCGUGUCAGUAGAGCCAGACAAGAAAUCACCAGAUUCCAGCCUGGAAGCCGUUGCGGCUCCCAAGAUUAAAGAAACAGAAAUUUCUGAAGGGCCUGCUCAAGAAAUGCUUCAGCUGAAUGUGAUGAUCGAAAUAAGUCCAGCUUCAUUGCAGGAGCCUGAAAAGAAAGAAGAGGGUGAAAAGCCAACUGCCACCGCAGCAUCCGAGAUUGAAGAGCACGCAACAAAGGAGGGCGAAAGUGCUGAGACAGCGCAAGCGAAAACUGAAGCGCCAGAAACACCCGAAGUUGUUCUCGACGAAGAAAAACGGGUUCGCGAGAUACUGGAGUUUGAAACGAACCUCUGCCGAGCACGCAACCUCGGUAGCGCGCUGCCGAAAGCCGAAGAGCUCUUGCACGUUGGUACGCCAGUCAGUGAGCCUGCGGAGUCUGCGGAGCUGGCGCUCCUUGAGGAAAAGCUUUCUCAGCCUCCAGGAAAGUCGGCGGUGCCCACGGAAUCUCCUAAAGCUGACACGCUGGCACCGUCUACACAAGAAGGUGGCCAAGCAGACACAGAACCGGCAGAGCCGAUUCUCGACGCUUCGGAUUUCAACAAAGGACCUAUGUCGGACUGGGAAACGGAGCUGCAGCAACUCAGGGACUCCAGGCUUCAUGGUGCGCCGUACAGGGCAGGCGAGCAAGGAAAAGCACUACCGGCUGACGUGGCCGUGGGGGCUCGAAAGUUCAUUAUUCCGGAAGGCGAGGGCAAGAGAGGUCCUGAGGAAAAGCAAGUUACCAUUCCACCUGAGGCUGAGAGUGGCAGCCCAGGACCUGCCGCGCCGUCCCAGAGUGGCUUAACCCAGCGCGAGUCUGUCGUCAUUGUCUACGAGAGCGACACGCUCGGAAUGAUUACGCCCGACUAUGAAAUUCGGCUGAAGAACGAGCGCGAGAUUCGUGUUAGACCACCCGAACAGCCCGACACAUCUGCGCAGCCACAUGAAGGACCACCGAGAUCAUUCCUUCAACUGGACGCGGGUACUGAGGGAGGGUACCCCGAGUCCCCAGUUAUCCACCACGUGAGUUUCACGAGAGAAGAGGGCGCUCCUCUUGGUGAAAAACCAGAGCCUGUGAAAGAAAAAGAAGUCAAUCCUUCUAUGCUAAGCCUUACCGAAGGAACGCUGGAUACAGAACAAGUUGCAGAACCUGUGCCGUCAGCUUCAUCCUUCGCUUUGGCAGCAGCUGCCGGGCCCGAUGAAAAAAGGAAAUUUCUUGGUGCAAAAGAACAGUCUGCUGACGAAGCGCACCCCCAAGACGACGGGCUUUCGAAGGUACCCAUUAGUGCUGUGGAAAAAGAAAGUGAAGUCAUGCCAGAGCAUCGUGGUGUCGAAACUCCAGAAGAAAAAGGGAGCGCUGAGCCAAAACCAGAAGCCAAUAUUUCUUCACGUGUCUUUCUUCCAACACACAAGGCCUCGACGGAAGGCGAAUCUGGGCCGACAGCAGAAGGCGAGGCUCCGGCACCUGACAAGGUGAAAGGAGAGGAAGCCCCCCGCACUUUCCUGUCAGCCAAGGAGCCAUUGCCGCCGGAAGCCGGAAUACAGCCGAACCUGGAAGACAAUAUCGCUCAGGAAGCACGCGAAGCCAUGGUUUUACCAGAGCAGCAGCCCGAGGAGAAGGCGGAAAGACCCAAAGAUCAAGACACACUGCUCUUACCAGGAGAUGAGCUCCAUCUCAUGGUGGAGCGACAACCUGAGAAAGAAAUCGAACCUUCGAAGAUAGAUGAAACAAUGAUGAUUGUACCUAGAGAGGAGCACCCCAGUGGUGCGCGAGUGACACCGCCAAGCGACCUCGAGGCACCCCAGGGUGUGGCAGCCGAGGUAAAAACCACAAAUGUAGCUGGAGAGGAUGAAGGGAAUGCACCGAGCGGAGUCCUCAUUGAGUUUACUGAGUCCAGACAAAUAGCACUGCCAACAGAAGAGAGCCAAGCGUCCGUUUCGAGGGCUCCUGUCGUAGAGCAAGUCGUGAUUCCGGUGCACAAGAGACCCUCGGACACCGAAAAGCACGACGCCUCGGUCAUCUACGCCAUAGAGCGGGACCUGGUAUCGGCGGCGGGCCCAUCUGUGGAAGAGCCCAAAAGAAGCACCCCUAUGUCCAAGGAUGACUUGCACCAUGUCGUCAGCUCUGACUGGGACGUCAUGUCUAGGGAAUCACUGCAGGGAAGGCCCGGCACCAGGACGGCCGACACACAGACUGAGCUGUCCACUGAUCUCAGGAGCAAGGACGUGCGCGAGGCCUCGACGUACGCAUUCCUUUCCGAAGAGACUGAGGAGGUCAGAAGGGCGCCAGACGACUACCUGCCGCUCUACUUGCACCGGGUGACGCUUAACGACAAGCCUUCGAUAGCGGAAAUGAUGCGCAAGCUGACGCCGGCGAGCGAGGAGUGGGAGGAAGCGGUGCCCAUGAACUGGAAGGUCAACCCGGCCAAGGAUCUCGAGAAGUGGCCGUCGCACUGCAUGCAAGACGUGCGCGCUCCGACCAUCGUCCUGCUCGGGGGCAUCAACCUGUCGGCGCUGGGCGAAGUGCUCACGGGCUGCCUGAUGCUGCGUUACAACCUGGAGGAAAACGAGUGGCGUCGUUGCAACAUGAUGCCGCUGCCUCGCUACGGCCACCGCUGCGUAUUCCUCAACAAUGAAAUUUACGUAAUCGGAGGCUUCGACAACCGAGACGCGACAUACGGCUUGCGUAUGUCGACCAGUUUCUGCUUUCGCUACCACACCCAGAGCGGCGAAUGGAACGUCGUGGCGCCACUGAGGCACGCUCGGGGUUACCACAACGUAGCCGUGCUCAACAACGCCAUUUAUGCUGUCGGCGGAGUCGACGCCAAUGACCUGCUCUUGUCGAGCGUCGAGCGCUACGACCGCGAGGAAGACGCUUGGGUGGUGCUGGAGAAGGGCCUGUACUGCGGUCGCAUGGGCAUGGGAGUGGCCGCCUUCCAGGGCUGCCUCUGGGUGGUCGGCGGCAUCGUGCAGAUCGCCGGUCUGCAGACCUGUUCCACGGCAUACGUCGAGAUCUACAACCCCGCGACAGACCAGUGGACGUACGCGGCCAACUACCUGCCCUCGCCGCGCACAUGUGUGUCGCUGCUGAACGUGGACGACACAGAGCUGUACUGCUUCGGCGGCAUAUUCUACAACUGCGUGGGGCCGACGCGCAAACUGCUCACAAUCGACGACAUCCUCGUCUACUCGGACAACAAGAAAGUCUGGCGCCAGGUGGCGUGCAUGCCGGCUCCCCGGCACAAUGCCCACGUCCUCCAGCACCAGAACCAGGCGUACAUCAUCGGGGGCCAAGACGUGGAAAAGCCCGACCACCCGUUGAGCAGCGUCAUCAAGGCGGCCGUGCCCACCGAGAAGUUCGCCUGGGGCCCGCUGAAGGACGUCCCGCUGCCCGUCUCGGCCUAUGCGGCGGUCGUUCUGCCGCCCAUCGAGGAGGAACCGCAGUCGGGUCAAGCGUGAAGCCCCGCCGACGGCCCAAAGCGGCACUGGGCCGCCACAGUCAGAAUGCAGCGGAGAACAUGAGCGCAUAAAUUCUGUUGUUGAAACCCUUA